GCAGCAUGGACGUGCGGGCAGCGGCGGUGCCAGGAAUGGAGGGGAAAAAACUGAUUUCUGCAACAGACACACAGUAUUCUAGUGUGCUCCUUCAGUCUUUGAAUGAACAACGUGGCCACGGACUUUUUUGUGAUGUUACUGUCAUCGUGGAGGACCGGAAAUUUCGAGCUCACAGAAACAUCCUUUCGGCCUCAAGCACAUAUUUUCACCAGCUUUUCUCAGUGGCUGACCAAGUGGUUGAACUGAGCUUUGUAAGAGCAGAAAUUUUUGCAGAAAUUCUUAACUAUAUUUAUAGUUCCAAAAUAAUCAGCGUUCGAUCCGAUUUACUUGAUGAACUGAUUAAAUCAGGGCAACAGCUGGGUGUUAAAUUCAUAGCUGAUCUGGGCGUACCUCCGUCUGAAGGAAAAAACAUGCCAAGCGAGGUCAAAGAUGGUGCUUCAGAAACUUCAACUUCUAGUCCAGGUCAAAAGGAUGCUGAAACACAAGUACCUGUAAUAAGGCCAGAGAGUCAAGAGGUAACGGAUGGGAUGCCGGUUAUAACACAGUCAUUCUCCUUACAUGGCAUAGAAUAUGAGACUACAAAAAUUACAGUGAGUGAUUCAGAUGAUGAGGAUGAUGAUGAUGUAAUUUUUUGCUCUGAGAUUGUUCCUCCAAAAGAAUGUACUAAAGACACAAAUGCUGCUACCCAGAACCAGCCUUGCCCAAGUCCAGCUGGAGUUUCUGACCAAAAAUCAUGUGGCAGUGGUGGCUCUCCCCAUUUGACGAGCACCACAGCAGCUCAAAAACUCACUUCGUCUGCCAGUCAGCUAAGCCCAAACCAAACACAAUCAAGUGCCGAAUCACUUGUCUCUGCAACACCGCAGCAUUUGACUCCUAAUAUCAUUGUGCUAAAUAAGCCUCUGCUUAACUCAUCGCUCAGUGCCAGCUCCUCGCAUCAAACACAUGUGACCCCUACAAUUAAUUUACUUGAGGAGAACCAGCAGCCUUCUAAUAAUGGCUCCGUAACUGAAGUGGAAACAACUGCUGUUGAUGAUGAAGAGGUUGUUGAAGAUGAUGUCGAUAUCAUUAGCUCCUCUAGUCCUGGUUCAGUCAGCAGUAGCUCUUUGGUUCAGCAACCUUCUCUACCCAAGGCAGCAACCUCUGAAGGAUCAGGUGUACAGAAAAAACAGGUUGUUACAUUUUCACAAGAGCCAUUUUCUAAACCUGGAGAAUUUAAAAUAAAAAUCUCAGAUGUCCUGACUGGAAACAACAAGGAAUUCAGUUCAGGUAUAGCAUCAAAGCACGUGGCAGAAGGGCAGAAAAUCAUAACAUUAGAUACAGCAACUGAAAUAGAAGGCCUGUCCACAGGCUGUAAGGUUUAUGCAAAUAUCGGCGAGGAUACAUAUGACAUAGUCAUUCCUGUGAAGGGUGAUUCCGAGGAAGGUGAAGCCAAGCUUGAUGAAACGCCUAGAACGUCUGGUGGUGAUUCUCCAAACAGGAAACGCAUGAAAGUAAAGCACGAUGACCAUUACGAGCUCAUAGUGGAUGGAAGGGUCUACUACAUUUGCAUUGUGUGUAAGAGAUCGUAUGCAUGUCUGACGAGUUUACGGAGACAUUUUAAUGUUCAUUCCUGGGAGAAGAAGUAUCCGUGUCGAUAUUGUGACAAAGUUUUUCCUCUUGCAGAAUACCGUACGAAGCAUGAAAUUCACCACACCGGUGAGCGAAGGUACCAGUGCUUGACGUGUGGCAAAUCUUUCAUCAACUACCAAAUUACGGCCUCCCACAUAAGAUCAGUUCAUAGCCAAGACCCUUCUGGAGAUACCAAGCUUUAUCGAUUGCAUCCUUGCAGGUCUUUGCAGAUCAGACAGUAUGCAUACAUUACUGAUCACUCAAGCAGUAUACCAGUAAUAAAUGAGGGUGGAAUUGUUUAUCGUGUUGGCACAGGGAAGGAUGGCACUGAAGGAACAACAUCUAACCCUCCAGCCAAACAAAUUACCUGGGAUGACAUUUUCAUUCCACAGGGAAAUGAAGCAAUUUUUAAACAAAAUCCAUCAGAGGGAAGUACUGAAUUUGAGUUUGUAAUACCGGAAUCUUACUGAAAUGCAUUAAAUACUGGAAAAAGGAUUGAGUGCAGAAAUAUUGCAGCUGUUUUAAAUGAACUGUUAAAAUCGCUGUAAAAUCAAAUGUUAAAGUGAAAACAAGUUAACUUGUUCUACCAAGUCAUCAAAUGGUAGCACUUAGAUGGAUCAUUAGUAGCUGCAAGUGAUUUGUGGAAGCGAUUCAUCUGAAAGUUUACUUGAAUAGAGAAUAAGACAUUUCCAAGGAGCUGACAGUGUGUUCUGGUAUGUUAAUUUUGAUCAAAACGUGGGGAUUUGUAGCUUGAAGAGGUACAAUUUCUUCUAAAGAGCUAGAAAUCUUCUAAAGUAAUCGAGGUAUUUCCUGUACCCAUACUUACUAGGUAAACCCUUUCUUUCAUGUUAGCACUUUAAUGCUGAAUUCUGUUUAGACGUUGACCAAGAAAACAGAUUUUUCAUCGUAGUCUCUUGAAUAUGGAACCAUUUAAAAAAAAAAUCCCACAACUCAUUUUUGUGAACAAUGCGUUACUGCAAGGGUCCAAAAGAACUGAUCCAGUAGUUUGGAGUAGUGUAUUUUUGAACUAGCAUCUUAGUUCUGCCUUUAUAAGCACUAUGAAUCAUCUGUCUUCAGGCAAAUAGUCUUGCCAACAAGAGAUACUCAGUUAGGGCUAACUUGAACAAACUUUAUUUAUACUUGGCAGUAUGGUGAGCAGAGUAUUCAGUGUCUGGACCAUUAUAUUUUACUCUUUUUGCAACGGGAAAAAAAAACCCCAAACCCACAAAGCACAAUAGUGAUGAAGCUUAGAACACUUCAGAAGGAGAAACUUUUGCCUUUUCAAAGCUUGAGGAAUAAUGUUAGGUUUUCUUACUACUGGAAAAGAUGCCAGUAGUUAGUUUGGAAUAAAGUGCUGAUGCUUUUUUUGCUCUCCAAGAAGGAGGGCUUCAGUCUGGUAUUUCAAAAAAAGUAAUACUUAUGAUAAAAGUAAUACUUUUUUUUUUUUUAGCUGAAGGCUUUGAAAUUUACUUUUCCAAACUAUGAAAUAAUCUAAGUGCUAUAUUGGUUUAGCACUGAGACUGCUGAGGAUCUUGUAUGCCUAUUUGGCUAGAUCUUUAAAUGAAACAGGGAUUUGGAUUUUUUUUCCCCCCCAUUUAUAGGGUGCGGAAGCAUGAGGACUAAACCAACAAUCAAAAAAUACCCUCCAUCCACCAUAAUCCAAAGUAUCAUUUCUCUGCAGUUGUCUAGCUGUCAUCUGUUUUUAGUUUUGGGCUUAUUACAUUGUCCUUUUUUUCUCCUUGCAAUUGGUACAUGUUUAGGCACUUAGAAGAUAAAUUAGACGUCCAACUUGAACAGGAAACAGUAGAUCUGAGAAAAACAAACAGCUGUUUACUGGAGUCAUAGUUUAGCAUUUCAGAUAUAGUGACUUGUUGAAUUUUUGUAAAUGGUGAUACGAAAACUGCUCAAGUUCUAGAGAUGACUGAGAAAGAUUGUCGUGCAUAGUACUAGUUAGUUAUCGUAACCUUUCAUUGCUUAAAUUACAGUUAAAGGUUUUUCUUUUCUUUUUCAUGUUUUAAGUAAGCAUCUUGAUCCUAUGACCUUCAAGGUUAAGGUUUUAGACAUACAGUACUCUAAACAGAAAGGCAUUUAAAUGGUAAAUGGUUCAAAUACAACUUGAGCUAUAAAAAAGGGUACCAGAAAUCUGUAUGAGUUAAUGACGGGAGAAAGAGGAGGAUUUGUUUACCUUACGCAUGUAAUGCUCAGCACUUCUGUUUUGUAGGCCAAGAACAUGAUACACACGAUUAUUUCCAGAUCAUAUUGCAGACCCCUUUGAAAAUAAUGGGGUGUGCUUUCAAAUGUUACAGGUUGGACGUUAUCUGAGAUGGCAUUUCAGCAGUCAAACAUAAUCCUCACAAGACGUAAGUGCUGAUUGCCUGUAUUCGCACAGGUAGCUCUGACUUAGCUGGCCACGUGCUAUAUUGAGACUUCCUGAACUUUUUGACAAGAAAAAUACAAUGUCGUUUUUGUCCUUGACAUGACACAUCUGGAAUUAAGCAUACGUUGCAAAGUGUACAUUCAGUAAUAAUUAAACAUAAUGGCUAUCAGUAUUUGCUGCUGAUGUAUUUAAAACCUUAAAUUAAACUGUGCCUACUAAAGGUCUCUUUUUGGAGGAAAACUGGAAAAUUAGGGCUUUGUAACUAUUUUUGCUAGAAGACUCGUGCUUGCAUGUGUCUCAGGGUCUUCAGUUUUCCUUGGAAGUGAUUUUUGAUAUCCAAAGUCCAGAGGUCACGUAAAGCAUUUUUUUAUUUCACUUCCAGUAUUUAUUGGUUCGGAAACAUGUUAAAUCCAUUCUUUUAAAACUUUUUAUGGGGCCAUGAGCUUUUAUAUUUAGAUUUCUGGCUAUUGCACUUAUAUUUGUUUUUUUGUUUGUUUUUGUAAACACUUAGCUUCCAGUUUAACUUAAUGAAAAACCUUAUGUAAAUAUUAAGAAAUUGGCUUUGGGGUAAUGGAAGACAAAGACUGAAUCUGAAAAUGCAUUUAUAUAAAAAUUAAAAAUUUCAACAGAGUAUGGUAGCAAACCUCACAGUCAUUUAUAUGCAUAUAAAAACAUUAACGGAUCUGCUGCAAAAUAUGAUAAUGGUGGCUGCAUCCUCACUGUAUGGUUUCUUUGGGGAUUCAUACCAUAGCAUUCCAGUACGUGAACUAAAAAUAUUGAGAUAACAAUUGACUGCUUAUUUAUUUUGUACUGUUAAGGCAUGCAGCUUAUAGAAAGAUGCAGAAGCUGAUGACUAUAUACAUUGAACACUGAGUUCUACAGCCAUUGCCUAGGAACUGUUCCAUGUGAAACGUUUAUCAUUUUUGCCAGAUCUGUAAUGUAUAUAGUUGUACAGUCUUUCCUUAACAUACUUUUUAAAGUUGUGUUCUACUUUUCAUUAAUCAAUACUUGAUAUUAGUUCUUAGAGCUUUCUAUGGCAAAAAUAAAAAAGUUUAAU